UGCUGCAGAAGUGGAAUCUGAGCAGUUGGUAGUGCGCUCCAUUUUCCGGCACUCUCUGGCAUUGCGUAGCAUUGAGAGAUUCGAAGCUGUUCGGGAAGGGUGUACGAAAUUAAACUCUACGUUUUGACUUUUUUAAUAAAUAACAGUUUUAUUCCUUUACAUUGCAACAAUGUUUGCGGCAAAGAGAGCUCUUUUAUCCACUACAGUGAAAGAUGUAUUUGUGAGGGCAAAACAUGUACUUCCUGAUUUACCUUAUGACUAUAAAGCAUUGGAACCUAUUAUAUGCGCUGAAAUAAUGGAACUUCAUCAUAAAAAACAUCAUGCAACUUAUGUAAAUAAUUUGAAUGUUGCUGAAGAAAAAAUGAAAGAAGCUGUUUCCAAAGGCGAUGUUACUGCUCAAAUUGCAUUAGCACCUGCUAUCAAAUUCAAUGGAGGUGGUCAUGUGAAUCAUUCUAUUUUCUGGUGUAACCUUACUCCAAAUACUGAAAAACCAGAUAGUGCGCUACUCAAUCAAAUUAAAAAGGACUUUAACAGCUUGGAAGAAAUGAAAAAGCGAUUAUCUGAAAUGACUGUUGCAAUUCAAGGAUCCGGUUGGGGUUGGCUUGGAUAUUGUCAAAAAUCAAAAUGUUUAAAGUUAGCCACUUGUGCUAACCAAGAUCCAUUACAAGGUACAACUGGUUUGGUGCCUCUUCUUGGCAUUGAUGUUUGGGAACAUGCUUACUAUUUACAAUACAAAAAUGUUCGCCCGGAUUACGUUAAGGCAAUCUUUGAUAUUGUUAACUGGAGCGACGUCAGUGCUCGUUUCAAAGCAGCUGCUGGCUGUUAAAGCAUGAAUGCCUAACGAUUGAAUCUAAGUAUAGCAUUAAAAGUGACUUUUACUUAGUAGGGAUCUUUUUUGAGAAAUAAUUUUAUAUUUUCCAUUGUUCCAUUUGUCUUAAAUAGACACUGUGAUUUUGUAUACACCUAUUUCAUAAGUAUAUGUAGAUACCAUGCACAUCUGUAAUAUUGAACAGAGGGCUAAUAAAAUCCUUGUAAAAAAUUA